GAAUCAACUUUGUAAUUAAAUACUCAAAUACUGUUCACUCUUCAGAUUUCAGACUGCUACUUCUGUGCUUCCACAGUUGAACUUGUGUUGUGGGCUGUGGCUAUUUUCUCACCUCUUUCUCUUCAUCUACUCUUUACUCUUUAGUGUAUAUUAACAUUCUUCUUCUCUUUUUCCCUUCUUCCCUUGUUGUUUUUCAUCCUCUUUAUUCUAAUCUUUCUUCUUAUAGCAACCACUUUUUUCUUCUUCUUUGUUUUCAUUUAAAAGUUCCAUUCUUUGUAGAAUUAAUGCAAAGUUAAGGUGUUCAUUGAAAUUUCACGCCCAAGAAUAGAUCCUAGAAGACCCUUCUUGGGGUUUUAGUCUUUUGUUGAUUUUUUUGGGUUUUGGUACUUUGAUUUCAAAAUGGAAGCAGAAAAUGAAGAAGUGAAUUCUAAAAUGAAGGAUUAUGAAAUGAUUGAGCAAAUUGGAAGAGGGGCAUUUGGGACUACUUUUCUUGUUAUUCACAAAACUGAGCAAAAGAAGUAUGUAUUGAAGAAGAUAAGAUUAGCUAAGCAAACUGAGAAGUUUAAGAAAACAGCUCUUCAGGAGAUGGAGUUGAUUUCCAAGCUAAAUAAUCCAUAUAUUGUUGAGUAUAAAGAUUCUUGGGUGGAUCAGGAAUGUUGCGUAUGCAUUGUGACCAACUAUUGUGAAGGAGGUGAUAUGGCCGAGAUUAUUAGGAAGGCUAAGGGCGGACAUUUUUCAGAGGAGCGAGUCUGCAAGUGGAUGACUCAGUUGUUGCUAGCUGUAGAUUACCUGCAUUCCAACCGCAUUCUUCAUAGAGAUCUUAAGUGUUCGAACAUAUUCUUGACAAGGGAAAAUGACAUUCGGCUUGGUGACUUUGGACUGGCUAAAUUUCUCAAGCCUGAUGAUCUUGCUUCCUCGGUUGUUGGUACACCCAAUUACAUGUGUCCUGAGCUCCUUGCCGAUAUUCCUUAUGGCUAUAAAUCCGAUAUAUGGUCACUUGGCUGUUGUAUAUUUGAGAUUGCUGCUCAUCAACUGCCAUUCAAGGCUAAUGACAUGACCAGUCUGAUCAACAAAAUUAAUCGAUCGAUUAUGUCCCCGCUCCCGAUCAUGUACUCUUCCACAUUAAAACAAAUUAUAAAGACCAUGUUAAGAAAAUGCCCGGAGCAUAGACCAACUGCUGCGGAGAUUUUGAGACAUCCCCAUUUGCAGCCAUAUCUAGUUCGGUGUCGUGCAGCUUCUCCGUCUUAUCUUCCAGUCAAGUCUCCAAACUCGAAGGAGAAGACAGCUCGGAGACUUUCAUCUGGUAAACCUAAUCGGGGCAAGGAUGGAAGAGAGCGAGAGCAUAGAACAGUGAAGCCAUAUCUGGAACAAUGUGACAAGGUUAGUAAUAUUAUUCCCAUGAACCAGCAGAACUGUGACAAAUCAUCGACAUCUGCUACCUCGGAGGAAAACCUUGAAACAAAAAGGGUUGAUCCGGUGAGCUACUUAAAGGAUAGAUGUGACACUAGUGAAAGUUCCAAAUGUGAGUCUUCAGGCAGUGAAAUGAUCAUGUGCAGCGCAGCCGAGCUUAGUGACUUGAAUGCACCCAAAAGCACUGCAGAAGAAACUACAACGCGCACCUUGUUUAAUAAUGAAACACUUCAAAAAUGGGUAGAUGUUAAUAUCGAGAAUGUGGACAAACUCGAUCUACUCGAGCUUUGUGACAUCCAGGAUCUUACAGAGGGAAUCGUAGAAAUCUUACCCCGUAACAAUGGAAAUAUGUCGAUACCUUGCGAAGAACUUGUUCCUUCUCACAAAUCUCCCGUUGAUGAAAUUUCUACAUUUUCGGCUACUCAAACUGAAGAUGUUGAACUCGAUUCUCUAUUGAAAAUGGAAAUUAGUGAUAUCGGUAAAGAAGAUCGGCCUACAGAGAAGUCUACGCCGUCAGAAAAUGACAAUCAACCUACGGAGAAGUCUAUGCCAUCAGAAAAUGGCAAUCGACCUACGGAGCAGUCUAUGCCAUCAGAAAACGGCAACGGCAAUCGAUCUACAGAGAAGUCUAUUCCAUCAGAAAAUUGUACCGAGACACUCAACACUAGUUGUUCAUCAGAGUCUGGUAAUGGCAAUGAUGAAACAAUCAAUCCAACAGCAGCAGAAAUUUCAUUGCUGAACAGGACGCUCACAGCAAUGAGUGCAGAGCAAAACAACGGCGAGGGCGAAGUACCAGGCCACCAAAGGGCCGACGCCUUGGAGUCUCUGCUCGAGUUAUGUGCACGAUUACUUAGAGAGGAUAAACUCGACGAACUCAAUGGUAUUCUGAGACCCUUUGGAGAGGAAACUGUAUCUUCCCGGGAAACUGCAAUAUGGUUGACGAAAAGCUUAAUCGCUGCACAUAAAUCUGCAAAAGGUACCUGAACUUAUGUUAUAACACACUAUAUGGUUUCCUGUCUUUAAAUAUGUGAUCUAUAGGAACUUUAUGUGUGCGUGUGCAUGUAUAUUUACGAGGGUGUGGUUUCGUUGAAUGAAAUUGUGAAUUUUUUGUUACGAGCUUGCGGGUUUAAACUUUUUGAUUGAAAUUGUUGUAACUUGUAAAGAAAUGGUUGUUGCUUGUAGUGUCUGAUGAUGAAAUAUUGUGCUGUAA